AUGUUGCAUGACAAAUGUGAAAAUGCUGGUUUCCUGAAAGCAAGAGUCAGUCAAGCGGUGGAGCAUGAAGCACAAAGUGAGAAAAGGUUAGCUUGGUGGAAAGAAAUCAUGGUCCGUGGACAAAGUGGAAGCCGUAAAAUAGUGUGCAAGACAGUGGAUAAUGACCUUGCAUUGAAAAUAUUUAUCAAAGCCAGAGCCACACCGAAAGUUGUUGCAGCAUUUGUUGAGAGGAGGGAAUUUGACAAGAUUAUGAUACACUCAAAGCAGGUUGGAUACACACCUGAUUACAUGUUCCUUCUACAAACAAUAUUAAGGGCAGAUGCCCAGUUUAACCUGCAUAAAAUAAUAGCAAUAUUGCUUGAUAGAAGCACUAUUGCUUGA